AUGGAGACAAUGGAAAACUCGAAUUCUGUGGUGUUUGACAAAUUGGCAUUGGAACAUGGUGGAAUGCUUGCAACAAAUGGACAUGCUCUUUACCAAAGCCGGGACGUUAUCAUGGACUGUCUAGAUAAAAUGCUUCGGUGUUCUAACACCUUACGUCCUCUGAUAACAGUCGCUGACAUCGGCACAGCUGAUGGAUCCACAUCUUUGGUGCUUUGUAAUGAAAUCAUUGAAAAGGUCCGAAAAUACCAUAAACAGAUCAUGAUACACUACACAGAUCUGCCAGAUAACGACUUCAACAGAAUGUUCAGUAUCAUACAAGAAGGCCUUCGCCGUGGCCCCGAUGUGUUCUCCGCUGCUAUUGGACGUUCGAUGUUUAAGCAGUGCUUGCCAGAUCAAUCCACUGACUUAAUCUUUUCAUCUGUUGCUGCGAUGAAUUUGUCUAAAAGACUGCGUCGACCCAAUAUUAACCAGUCUCCAGACCAAUCAAACGAGAAUGAAGUUAAAGCCUUAAAAACCCUAGCAGCGCUAGACUGGAAAACGUUCUUGGUCAUGCGUGGAAGGGAACUUCGUCCAGGCGGUUAUUUGGUGGUGCUCAACAUUGGAACUACGAAAUACGGAGAGACUACGGUAAACAUCCAUGGUGGGAAGGCAACGCUGGAUCAAAUAUUGAAAACGAUGCUGGCAGAUGGUCUUAUCACAAUGAACGAGUUUCUGGAUUGUAGUUCCUGUUCCCUGGUUGAGCGGACAGAAACUGAACACAUUGCGCCUUUCAAAGAAAAUGAUAAAGACUUGGAAGAGACCGGUUUGGAACUAGUAUCAAUACGAUCUUUCGUUCAUCAGUUGAAGCAUCCUACAUUCUAUGUAUCCAACAAAGAUGAAGCCACUAAGAAGCUGUAUGCAGACCGCAUCGUAGCUGGGAUCAAACCAUGGCUGUAUAAUUCCAUAUAUAGAGGAUUGUCAAGCGAAAGAUCAACGUCAGAAAGGGAGAUAUUGGUCGAGAAAUAUUUUGCCAAUCUGUGGGACUUUGCGUACAAGAACAAUGACCAAAUACCACAUCUAGCAUUAGUAGAAAUCGUCGCUAAGAGACGUCAAAGGCAAAGUUUGAAGACAAAGUGA